ACUAACUCAGUUUCCUCUGCCAUAGGGAUAUGGGAAACAAUAUGACAUUGAUCACAGAGUUCAUCCUCCUGGGAUUUCCGCUCAGCCCAAGGAUGCAGAUGCUCCUCUUUACCCUCUUCUCCCUGUUCUAUGCCUUCACCCUGCUGGGGAAUGGGACCAUCGUGGGGCUUAUCUGCCUGGACUCCAGACUCCACACUCCCAUGUACUUCUUCCUGUCCCACUUGGCCAUCGUUGACAUUGCCUAUGCCUGCAACACAGUGCCCCAGAUGCUGGUGAACCUUCUAGACCCAGCCAAGCCCAUCUCCUUUGCUGGAUGCCUGACGCAGACCUAUCUUUUUUUGACAUUUGCUAUCACAGAAUGUCUGCUCCUAGUGGUGAUGUCCUAUGAUCGGUAUGUGGCCAUCUGCCACCCCCUCCGAUACUCUACCAUCAUGAGCUGGAAGGUCUGCAGCACUAUGGCUGUGACUUCCUGGAUCAUUGGGGUUCUCCUGUCCUUGGUUCAUCUAGUGUUACUUCUACCUUUACCCUUCUGUGUGUCUCAGAAAGUGAAUCACUUUUUCUGUGAAAUCACAGCUAUUCUCAAACUUGCCUGUGCAGACACACACCUCAAUGAGACUAUGGUCCUGGCUGGGGCAGUGUCUGUGCUUGUGGGACCAUUCUCCUCAAUCGUGGUCUCUUAUGCCUGUAUCCUUGGUGCUAUCCUGAGGAUCCAGUCAGGGGAGGGUCAAAGGAAAGCCUUUUCCACCUGCUCCUCCCACCUCUGUGUGGUCGGAUUAUUCUAUGGAACGGCCAUUGUCAUGUACGUUGGACCCAGACAUGGGAACCCGAAGGAGCAGAAGAAAUAUCUCCUACUGUUUCACAGCCUUUUUAAUCCCAUGCUCAACCCCCUAAUUUAUAGUCUCAGGAACUCUGAUGUGAAGAAUACUUUGAAGAGAGUUCUGAAGAUACAGAGAGUUUUCUGACAAGUUUACAGCAUCAUGUUUAACCACUGACAGAAGAAAUGAUCCUCUCAAGAGGGUCCUAACCAUCCAGAGCAUAUGC